AUGUUGACUGUACACUACCGGGCCGAGCCUGCUAGAGAAAGGACGUCGCAAACCAAGUCGAGGGAAGAUUGGGCGAGUGAAGAGGCCUGGGUAGCUGAUGCGGAUGGUAAGGCUUGGAUAAUCAAGUGGCGGAUAGACGGCGGGCCAAUGAGUUUUUUUAGGCUACAUGCUACCGGGCUGGGUCUGAAGAGGGCGGUAAGACGAGGGGAUGAUGAAUCCAAGGGGUUGGGGGACAAGAAGAUCGCCAAAGAGGAUCGGCGAGAAGUCGAGGAUGUACGCUACCGGACCGAGGAAAGUCGAAGAAAAUGGUAG